AUGAAAGCCAUUCGCAUCCAUAAAGCAGGUGACCUGGACGUAAUCCAGUUCGAUACAGUGCCUGCACCGAAACCUGGUCCUGACCAAGUCGUAAUCAAGCCAUCGAUUGCAGGGGUGAACUACAUCGACACGUAUUUCCGCUCGGGUUUGUACCCAGUGCAAUUCCCCUUCACGCUGGGCCAAGAAUGCGGUGGUGAAAUAGGCGAGGUCGGUGAAAAUGUGAAGGACUUGAAGAAAGGUGACAUAGUGAUUGCUAUGACUUCUUCGUCUUUUGCAGAGCGCGUGGUGGCCGACCGCUACCGUGUCGUGAAGUUGCCAGAGGAAGUCGAUUUGCGCUCGGCGACCGCCAUUCUUCUGCAGGGCCUAACCGCUGUGACGCUGACGCAUGCUUCGUAUGAAGUGAAAUCGGGCGAUUGGGUGCUGGUGCAUGCUGUGUCGGGCGGUGUGGGUCUGGUUCUCGCACAGAUCUGCAAGGCGCUUGGUGCGCAUGUGAUUGGUACUACAUCCACGGCAGAGAAGGCCAAGUUGGCCAAGGCAAAUGGCGCUGAGCACGUCUUCAUGUACGAAGAUGACAUUGUGGCGCGUGUAAAGGAGCUUACCGACGGUAAUGGUGUCCAGGUAGUGUACGAUUCGGUCGGCAAGACGACGUUCGACAUGAACUUUGACCUUGUCGCUCGUCUGGGUACUAUUGUGUCGUUCGGCCAAUCGAGUGGUAUGCCGGAGCCUUUGCUGCUGCGUCGGUUGACGGACAAGAAUCUCAAAGUACUUCGCCCAGGUGUUUUCUCCUAUCUUACCACGCAGGAGGAGAUGGAGCACUACGCUAGCAUUCUUUGGGACUUUAUGAGCAAAGGCCAGAUCCAGACGAAUAUCUGGCGUGAGUACCUGCUCAGUGCGGAGGGCGUGCAAGCGGCUCAGCGCGAGUUGACAAGCCGCGCUACGACGGGCAAGUUACUGUUGCGUCUAUGGCCCAGCAAGGACGACGAGUAG